CACGCGUUAUUAAUUUUACUUUUCUACUUUCAAACACAUAUAUAUAUGACUAUAUGGUUUCUUCUCAAUUCUAUUCUGAUCUUCCUCUCACUUUUGUUUUGUUUGUUCAAGAGACCAUAUAUGUCUUUCAUUUUAGGGAACUCAUAAUAAAUUCUUGUGUUAUUUUUCUUCCUCUACUUCCUUUGAUUGUGAUUGUGAUUUUGCGAUAAUAAUUAAGGAUGGAAGGAUACAAGCGACUUUUUGAGCAUAUAGAUGAGAAUGGAGAUGGGAAAAUAUCAGUAUUGGAGUUGCAACAAUGUGUGGAUUUGAUCAUAGGCAAAGACGUAUUGUUGUUUGAGGAGGCAGAGGCAGCCAUUGUGGCCCAUGACUCGGAUAACGAUGGGUUAUUAGAUUUUGAUGAUUUUAUGAGAUUAGUAGAAGAUGGAGGGACGAAAGAAGAGAAAGAGCGCGAGUUAAAGGAGGCGUUUAGGAUGUAUGAGAUGGAAGGAUGUGGAUGCAUAACGCCAGAGAGUUUAAAGAGAAUGCUUCAUAGGUUAGGGGAGAAGAAGAGUGUUGAUGAGUGCAGAGGAAUGAUAGGUAGAUAUGAUAUCAAUGGUGAUGGUUUGCUCAAUUUUGAAGAGUUUGUUAUUAUGAUGUGUUGCUAGUUAUUAGUUACAUAUCAAUCCUAUUAUUAUUUUUUAAAGCAUAGUUUAAUUUGUUACUUUUUUAUUGGUAAA